UCCCUUCAGUAUAGAGACGGAUACGGUAACGAACUGUUAUUCUCGAUUAGUUUAUACCACGAUUUACACGUACGCACCGAGGUGAAGUGAUUAUUUGUGAUACAUUCCAGUGUGAUUAAAAUGGAAUCUCCAGUUGUAUUGGAUAAGCCACCUGAAUAUCAUGGGAAUACAGCGAGGAAUAACGAGCGCGGUUUCCCAUUUGAUGAGGAGGAGACGUCAGGUGCGUGGAGCGAGCUCGCGGCGCGGCACCCUGACAUAGCGGCGCGGCUGCGGCAACGGCCUGCCACCUGGGCCAGGAAGCGACGACCCUCCAGCCAGGACGCUACUGACGAUUUCGGGGACGGUUUCAGUGGAUUCGACAGAUUCCCAUUCGACGAUAUUCCACCAGAAUUCAGAGAACACUUCCCGUCCCGUUGGAACCGUAGGUUCAACUCCCGUGACGAAUCAGAACCACAGACACAAGGAUCUCCACAACCACAAUCGCCGAGCCAACAGACCACAGCUACACAGACUGAACAGAAUCCAGGACCCUCCCAACACGACCAACAACCAUUUCUACCACAGUACGGAUUAAGAAACACAGUAGAUCUCGGUCAAAAAAGUCCAGCCGAUCCGAGCUUAGUUGAUGCUGAGGAAAGGAACCAGAGGUCUAUGUCAGCGCCUCCAGACAAUCGCGCAGUUAAUCAAAAUAUCCCUAACAAAAUGAGUGACCAAAACCAUCACGAACAACAACAUCCAGCUCAUCCUGAGCAACAACAGCAAGCGUCUAAUGUGCGACAUAUUCCUAUAUUCGUGGAGGGACGCGAUGAACCAGUAAUUAACAGGUCCGUUGAUCAUGGUGAACCCAAACAAGGUUACGCUCCACCGCCGCCACAACCUCACGUAGACAGAGAACAGUAUUUCGCAGACGAGCCUGUCAGCUUUCAUGCACCUCCCAACUUUUCAAGGGCAUUUGGCACGCCGUUUAAUACUUUUAGACAAGGUCCACAACCAUUUGCACAGCAAAAGGUAUAUCCACAAACUGCAUUUGCGCGUGGUGCUUCACCCCAAAGAUCUCAGUCUCCAAAGCCUCAUUACCCUGAAGAGCAUUUUGUUAAAGUUCCAGUACGUCAUGAAUUCAGUAAGACUGCGCCUCCGUCCCAACCUAGACAGCAACAAUGGGCUCAACAACAGCCGCAGCAGCAUCCACAUCAACAACAGCCGCAGCAACACCCACAUCAACAACAACAACCCCAACAGCAGCCUCCCCAACAACAUCCACCAAAACAACAAACUCCGCCGCACCAGGAAGUUCCCACACAGCAACAACAAUCUCCCCCUCAGCCCAAACCACAACAACCAACUGCUAAUGAUCCAAUUUCUCAAAUUCUCAGUAUUCAAACAGAUGUUUUAAACCUUAUGACUGACGUGGAAAACUUCACAGGUACUAAAAAAGACAAGAAGUACAUGUAUCUAGAUGAGAUGUUAACAAGGAAUCUCAUUAAAUUAGAUAAUAUUGAAACUGAUGGUAAAGAAAAUAUAAGACAGGCGAGAAAGGAGGCAAUAAAAUGCAUUCAGAAAUGUAUAGCAGUAUUAGAAGCUAAAGCUGAAAACAAAGGUGUAAGUACACCCCAGCCUCAGGAAGUUCCUCAAUCUCAAGAUGUAGAUAUGAAGGAAAAUACUAAUAAUAUACAAAACACAAAUGAGAUUACAGAGAAUGGUGAAGUUGAGAUGAAAAAUACCAAAGAGGAGAUUAGUAAUGAGCCUCAGGCAACUCAGCCAGAGCUUCAGGAACAAGUUGCACAAGGUGCUGAAGUUAAAACUGAGGUGCCCAAACAACAGGAACAAAAAACUGAUGUCAAUAAAGAGGGUGCACAGCCAGAGGUAGCAGACACACGGCCUGCUGAAGCACCAAAUCAAAAAACUGAAACCAAACAAGACGGUGAAGAAAAGGUCACCAAAGGUGCAAAAAAUGUAAAGAAACGCGAUAAAAGUAAAGAUAAGAAGGCAAAUGUAGAUAGUAAUAAGGAACAAAUAGAAGGUAAAGCAGUAAAUAAAGUAGAAGUAAUGCAAGUGGACGAUAAAGGUGAUAAAGCAGAUACGCAGACUAUGGAAGUGGACGGUGCUGCUAGUCAAUAAAUUUAGCUUCGCGUUAGUGAAUUGUUUCAUGUAGAUACACAGUAUAAUAUCUGAUGCACGGGGCCUAAACUUAUCUGCCUUCCUUCUGUUAACUUUUUGUGCAUAAAUAACACUGGUGUUGACAUUCUACUAUACUAUAGUGUUUAUGUUUGUACAUUUAUGUUUUUAAUAUUAAAACAUUACACUUAAUGUAAAAUGAUUUGUUGUCCUUAGGAUUUGAAUGGUCUUUUUGUUAUUUAAAUCCUAAUAUUUAAUUAAUUUAUUGCUUAUCAUUACUUG